AUGGCUUCGGAUCGUCAUGUUCUCAUCCUCGGCGGCAAUGGGAAGAUCAGCCGCCUUCUCACAGUCAUGCUGCUGAAGAAGUCAUGGACUGUCACGAGUCUCAUCCGUAACCCAGACCAAAUCGAGGACUUGAAGAAGAUCUCCGAGGGUUUGCCAGGGACGCACAAGAUAGUAGUGCAUGAUCUCAUCACCAUAACUAGCCAGGAGAAGGCCUCCGCUGUCAUUGAUGAAGUGAAGCCAGAUUCGGUCGUCUUCAGCGCUGGACCCGGUAGAGGAACCGACCAAGACACGAUCAUCCGAAUCGAUCGUGAUGCCGCCAUCUUCUUCAUCCAAGCCUCAGUUGCCAACAAGGCCAUCACUCAUCAUGUGCAAGUAUCCUACCUUGGCGCUCGUCGUGAGCAAGCGCCCUGGUGGACUCCUGAAGAUUGGGAGGGCUGGAAGAAGGUCAACUCGACCUUCCUAGGCCCUUACUAUGAGCCCAAGGUCGCCGCCGAUGAGGCUCUUGUGACUGAAGGCAAGAAGAGAGAGAGUCUGACUGCAGUAUCGGUUCGUCCUGGCGGUCUAACGGAUAAGGAUGAAGGCGGUGUUCUUCUGGGCCAGACGAAGCAAGCCAGGGGUAUGACAACUCGAGCGUCAACGGCGAGAGCAAUGGCGUUGGUGUUGGAACAGGAGCGUGUCAAGGGACAUUGGUUGGAUGUUCUUGACGGCGAAGAAGAUGCUGAGACUGCAGUUGAUCGAUUCGUUCGUGAAGAAACAGAAUGUGCUGAAGGAGAACCAGUUCUCAAAGACUAA